UCUGGGACAUUCACUCCAUACAGCGGUUGAAACAUUGUAUCUAUUUGUUUCCAUAAAUGGAUCCAUUUAUGGAAACAAAUAGAUACAAUGUUUCAACCGCUGUAUGGAGUGAAUGUCACAGAACUGUCAGAAAUAGGCUAUUUCUGACAGUUCUGGGACAUUCACUCCAUACAGCGGUUGAAACCGCUGUAUGGAGUGAAUGUCACAGAACUGUCAGAAAUAGCGGAGCUCUGCAGAUACACUUAGAGGAGCUCUGCAGAUACACUUUUGGAAUUAAUCUUAUUUUCAUCCUACUUCUUCUUCUUCUUCUUCUUCUUCAUCCUCAUCCUCUUCUUCUUCUUCUG